AUGAUUUGCACUAUAGUACCGAUUGUGGUGUACUGUGCCGUAAAAUUUUGCGGUAUACCACUGAAUGAUUACGGCUCACUGGCAAUGUCGCUAAUGAACUGGCAGCCUUGCCUCAACCCAAUGAUUUCGCUGUAUUUUGUGAAACCAUUUAGGAACGGAGUUUUACGUCUUUUCCGACCAGCCGCUGUUACAUCAUCUACAUUCGACAUGCCAACGGCCACAAAAAGCAAGAAUGUAAAUCGAAAAGCGAUCACCCUGGGCGCGCAAAUUAGCAUGGCAAAAAAUAUCCCACCUGUAUCUUAA